AGCCCGAGAGAAGCCCGCCGGCCAAAAUGGUGCAGCACCUUCACGAGGGCGUGCUGGCGCGGGCGCUCGCCGGCCUCGACGCCGCCUCGCUGCUUCAGGGCGACGGGCUCCUCCUGCGCGCCACCGUGGCCAGACGCGGGGAAGCGGGAAAGGCGGGGCGGGCCCGGGGCGCCGCCUUCGGAGGUGCCGGGCUGCUGCCGCGCGCUGCGGGACGCCGCGGGCAGCUGCGAGGACUGGUGCUGGGAGCGGCUGUUGCCGGUGCGCGCGGUCGCCGCGGCGGCUGCCGCCGCGGAGCUCAGAGGGGGCAGGAUCGGGCGGUGCUGGGAUGGCCACGAGUCGGGCGCCCUACCACCUCCGCGGCGUCCGCCUGGCCCAGGCUGCUGCCGCGGCCGAAGGACGAGCACAGGUUGCAGGACUUCCUGGCGCGGCAGCGGGUGCCGAGCCUGGAGGACGCGCUGCGGAGCGCGGCCGACCGGGACCGUCGCGCCGAACUGAGACUGCUGCUGGAGGCGCGCGCGGACCCGAACGCCGCCGCGGACACCGGCGCGUACGGAGUCGGUUUCACGCAGGUGGGUGCGUACGCGCUACACCUCGCGGCCAAGAGGAGCAGGGUGGCCGUUCUUGACAUCUUGCUGGACGCGCGCGCCAUGGUGGACGCCGCGGACCAGAAUGGCCGCACCGGCCUGAUGGUGGCGAGCGCAAGUGGACAGGCCCGGGCGGCCAGAUGGUUGCUCCAGCACGGCGCAGCCAUGGAAGUCCACGCCCACGACGGGGGCAACACGGCGCUCCACUACGCCGCGAACUUGCCGCAGGUGACCCUCGUGGAGUUGCUCUUGGAGGCGAGAGCCUCCCCGAACUCAACGGACCGACAGGGGCGAGCGCCACUGCAUCUGGCGCUCACUGCCUUGCCGCGACGAGUCGAGAAGGAGGAGUCCACCAGCUGCGACCCGUCUGGCUAUGGCGACGAAUACUGCUACUGCCGAGACACCUCGGGCGGCUAUGGCCAGGGCGGCUCCGCGCAGGACUCCAACGUGAGGGGCGCCGUGCAGGCGCUGCUCAGACACGGCGCCGACCCCGGGCUGCGCGACGAUCGCGGCCGGGAUGCCGCGGACAUCCUCGACGCCAAGGGCCGGCGCGACGCCCUCGCCUGGCUCGCGGGCCCGGCGGGCCCGGGCCCCGACGCCGCUGCGGCCGCGCCCGGCGUCGGCCCCCGCGGCGGCGGCGGCGGGGCGCGCCCGCCGCCGCCGCGGGCCGCGGGGCGCGCUCGGCUGCCGCGCGCGGCCGCGGCCGGCUGCUGCAGCGCGGGCUGCUGGGGGGGCAUCCUCCCCAGGGCGCGGCAGGGCUGA